CUCCCCUUUCGCACCUCUGCAAAUCCCAAAAACGUUAAAAAGGCCCAAAAAGAUUUAAAAUUUAAAUUAAAAUUCUCUGUUAACGGAAAAUUGAAAACCCUAGUUGAAUUUCGCGCCAUGGACAACGCUACUCAAACUACGGCGGCUAAUUCGAGUGCUUUCUCGUUCAUUUCGAAAGGGUGGCGAGAGGUCCGUGACUCGGCCGACGCGGAUUUGCAACUCAUGAAAGAUCGAGCCAACUCGUUCAAGAAUCUCGCGGCGAGUUUUGACAGAGAAAUUGAGAACUUAAUACACUCGGCGGCUCCAAGUUUUUCGGUUCCGGCCAUCCGUCAAUCCUCGGAAAUCGACUUCAUGAAGAAGCUGCAGCCUAAGAUAUCUGAGUUUCGGAGGGUUUAUUCUGCUCCGGAGAUUAGCCGGAAAGUGAUGGAGAAAUGGGGGCCGAGGGCGAAGAUAGGGAUAGAUUUGUCAAGGAUAAGGAGCGCGAUAGUGGCGGAGGUGCAGGAGACGGAGGAGGAGGAUAUGGAUGGAAUUGUUGAAUAUAACAAGGUUAGGAAAGGGAGGAGGGCGAUGUUUAGAGAGGAAGGGCAAUUUGGUGAUUGGGAACCAAUUCGGGCGUUGAAGACAAGGUUAAGGGAGUUUGAGAAGAAAAAUUCUUCGGUGGAAAUUUUUGGUGGGUUCAAGAAUAGUGAGUUUGUGGAGAAAGUUAAGUCCAGUUUGAAAGCAAUUUGCAAGGAGCCUCACGAGUCGAAGGAAGUACCCCCGCUUGAUGUACCGGAACUGUUAGCAUAUUUGGUCAGGCAAUCUGGGCCUCUUUUGGAUCAACUUGGUGUCAGAAAAGAUCUUUGUGACAAGAUAGUUGAAGGCUUGUGUAGCAAACGGAAGAAUCAACUUGUUUUGCGCUCCCUUGCCGGGGGAGAACCACCUACUGUUGACAAUGAUAAGACAAAUGAUGAACUGGAUCUAAGGAUAGCCAGUGUCCUUCAAAGUACAGGGCACUGUUAUGAGGGUGGCUUUUGGACAGACUUCAUGAAGCAUGAUGACUCCGAUGGGAAAAGGAAUGUUGCCAUUGUUACAACUGCCAGCCUUCCAUGGAUGACAGGAACUGCAGUAAAUCCACUUUUUCGGGCAGCAUACUUAGCAAAGUCAGCAAAACAAAAUGUUACACUCUUGGUUCCAUGGCUUUGCAGAUCUGAUCAAGAACUAGUUUAUCCCAGCAAUCUCACUUUCAGUUCACCAGAAGAGCAGGAGAAUUAUAUACGUAACUGGCUUGAAGAAAGGAUUGGCUUUAAGGCUGAUUUCAAAAUCUCCUUUUAUCCAGGAAAGUUUUCAAAAGAAAGGAGAAGUAUAAUACCUGCCGGAGAUACCUCUCAAUUUAUCUCAUCAAAAGAGGCUGACAUUGCUAUCUUGGAAGAACCAGAACACCUGAAUUGGUACCAUCAUGGUAAACGGUGGACUGACAAAUUCAACCAUGUUGUUGGUAUUGUUCACACAAAUUACUUGGAAUAUAUUAAGAGGGAGAAGAAUGGUGCUUUACAAGCAUUUUUUGUGAAACACAUCAACAAUUGGGUCACCAGAGCAUAUUGCCACAAGGUUCUUCGCCUUUCUGCUGCAACUCAGGAUCUACCGAAGUCUGUGAUUUGCAAUGUUCAUGGUGUAAAUCCAAAGUUUUUGAAAAUUGGGGAGAAAGUUGCUGAAGAAAGGGAACUUGGGCAGCAAGCCUUCUCUAAAGGAGCAUACUUCUUAGGCAAGAUGGUCUGGGCAAAGGGAUACAAAGAGUUGAUAGAUUUGCUGGCAAAGCACAAGGAUGAUCUUGAUGGUUUCAAGUUGGAUGUGUAUGGAAAUGGUGAGGAUGCACAUGAAGUUCAGAGUACUGCUAAAAGGUUGGAUCUGAAUCUUAAUUUUCUGAAAGGAAGGGACCAUGCAGAUGAUUCUCUUCAUGGGUACAAAGUCUUCAUAAACCCCAGUGUCAGUGAUGUGCUCUGCACGGCUACCGCAGAGGCACUUGCAAUGGGAAAAUUUGUAGUAUGUGCAGACCAUCCAUCAAAUGAGUUCUUUAGGUCAUUUCCAAACUGUCUGACUUACAAGACAUCUGAAGACUUUGUUGCUAAAGUGAAGGAAGCAUUGGCAAAUGAGCCUCAACCCCUUUCACCUGAGCAAAGAUACAACCUGUCAUGGGAAGCUGCCACCCAAAGAUUUGUAGAAUAUUCAGAGCUUGAUAGAGUUUUGAAUAAUGAACAUAAUAGUGCAAAAUUGAGAAGAUCAAAUGGAAAAUUAAUUGCAAAAUCGGUUUCAAUGCCAAGUCUCUCAGAGAUGGUUGAUGGGGGGUUGGCAUUUACCCACUACUGUCUCACAGGGAAUGAGUUCCUUAGACUUUGCACUGGAGCAAUACCUGGUACACGGGAUUAUGACAAGCAACAUUGUAAAGACCUUCAUCUCUUACCUCCACAGGUGGAAAAUCCUAUCUAUGGCUGGUAAGUAGAUGUAAAAACUGUAUUGACAAUCUUGUGUAUAAUAGUCAUGCACUGUCUGUAGUAGCUGGUAACCAUCGCUUUUAGUCUAAAGGUUUCUUUUGCUUCAGUUAAGAAUAUAUUUGUUUCUGAGGAAAGAUAUCUAGACAGUCUAGUAUAAGUUUUGUUCUGUUUUCUGCCUUUUCCACCCUCGUGUUGUGAAUAGAUAAAAAUAGAUGCCAAAAUAUUUUUAAACUGUUGUGGGGUUCCAUUUGGCUUUUCUUAUUUUUGGUUGGGUGCAUAAACUGUUCUUCCUCCGAUAUAGUUAGCUUGGUGUCUUGAGAAGAGAUUUGGAGUACUUUCCUGAUGACAGUCUGGGGUAAGAUCAAACUGAACGAUGCUUUGUUGUAAGUAAUGGUAAUAUUUGAAAUGUCUAAACAAGCUGCAAGAAAAUUGUUGUGACUUUCCUUCA